AGUGUGAAGUAUAUGUAGGUGCAGUGUCUAUAUUAUUCAUUAUAAAAUUAUCAUUUUAUUUUUCACGAUCUAUUUAUUGCGUCUUGACUUUUUAACCUAUCAUAAAGUAUAAAAUAUCAUUGACGAUGUCUGGUAAACGUAAUACUUAAGAUGUCCGAGAAGUCGGAAGAAAUCAAUACAAUUGAAUUUGAUCCUAUUCUCCCUGAUUGUGGGAUUUUGUUCUUCGAAGAAUGCCCAACUGAGUACGAAAUACAGCGGCCCAUAUUACUGCCUUUAAAAUCUAUAACGCAACUCCGCUUCGAACAGCUACAACAAGAAGCAGCAAGACUACGAAGGGAUACAAAUAAAAGUGCUAAACAAACCCCAUGAGUUGGAUUUAAUUUAAUAAACAGCUAACACAAUGGCUUACACACUGUUCGUUAUAGAAAUUAUAUCGGCAUUCAUUUUAGCUGCUACAUUACUGUAUAGAUAUGGAGAUUGUUACAGGAAUCAUAUUCUGGUCACAGUAUCAGUCCUUAUUGCCUGGACCUUUUCAUUUGUUAUUAUGUUUAUACUACCCCUGGAUGUGUCAUCGACUGUUUACCGGCAAUGCCUUCAAGAAGACAACUCAACAAGCCCUGUUGUAUUCCAAACCAAUGUAUCCAGCACUGAAUCCCCAGUGCCCGGACAUUGUCAGAAGCCAUGGAGUUAUGUACCAGACUCUGUAUUUCCGAACCUCUGGAGAGUUGUAUAUUGGACAUCACAAUGUUUGACUUGGCUUAUUAUGCCAAUGAUGCAGUCAUAUAGCAAAGCUGGAGACUUUACCGUGAAAGGCAAAUUGAAAUCUGCAUUAGUUGAUAAUGCAAUUUAUUAUGGAUCAUACUUGCUUAUAUGUGGCAUACUUCUGAUAUACAUCGCCUUAAAACCUGGUGUAUAUUUAGAUGGACCUAAAAUAAAAGCUAUAGCAUCUUCAGCGAGUAAUACAUGGGGUCUGUUUCUAUUGAUUUUGUUACUCGGUUAUGCAUUAGUUGAGGUUCCAAGGAAUUUGUGGAAUAACUCGAAAAAGAACUACACACUUACGUACAGUUAUUUCAAAAUAGCUAAGCUAAGUACAGAUAAAUGUGAAGCGGAAGAAACUGUGGAUGAUAUAUUGGAUUCGUUAAAUUCAGUAAUAGCGGCAGUCGGUCCAGGUCACCCGUUACACCGUCAUGUAGAGACGAUAGUCCAAAAGUUGCCAAUACAACUGCGGGAUAGGCUUAAUUCACGAGUAGCUCCAGAAAGGCCCACACCACCCUCUUUUAAGUCCCUUGUCAAUUUGCAUAAAAAGACAAUCAAAGCACUGCACGUGCUGCAACGCACAGAGACGCAGUGGGGGCUGAUGCUGGAGCGCAUCAUGCACCUGGAAGAUGUGGCGAGCAACGCGCGCGCACCAGACCGUCGCUUCCAGCACGCUUUCCACACACCCCGGCCACGUCUGCAUAGGAUCUUGUACCCACCAAUACUCGAGUGGUACUGGGAAUGCCUACUUAGGCCAUACUUCUUGAAGUCAUUGGCGGUGGUGACGGGGCUGCUGUCUGUGGCCGUGGUCUGGUCUGAGGUCACAUUCUUCUGUAAGAAGCCGGUGCUCUCAAUCUUCGCCAACAUUGUAAUUGCCGCUAAGGAUACAUACAAUUAUGCUGCUAUUGUGUCAGUGUCAACGCUGAUAAUUGGAUAUAUGUUCUACUGCGCCUACUCCACGGUGCUUAAGAUCCGUGUGCUGAACCUGUACUACCUGGCGCCGCAUCACCAGACCAAUGAGUACAGUCUCAUCUUCUCCGGCAUGCUGGUGUGUCGUCUCACGCCCGCCAUGUGCCUCAACUUCCUCAGUCUCGUGCAUAUGGACUCUCAUGUCAUCAAGCAACGCAUCAUGGAGACCUACUACACGCAAAUAAUGGGCCACAUGGAUGUGCUGGGUAUAAUAGCGGAGGGUUUCAACAUCUACUUUCCAAUGCUGGUGGUACUGCUGUGCGCCGCCACCUACCUCUCCCUGGGCAGCCGCCUGCUCUCCCUCUGCGGAUUCCAGCAGUUCGUGGGAGACGAUGAUCUCACCACAGACCUUGUGGAUGAGGGACGCGAGAUUGUUAAACGAGAGAAACGAAAGCGUCAGCGCGCCGAGGAAUCUCUGUCGCGAAGACGCGACUACACUGAGCGAUACAACUACCGCACGCGCGAACCUCAGGACGGAGCCCACACCGGGCUAUUGAAUGACGUCGACUCAGAUUACUACGUCACACCGAGUCCGGACCGAGUCGGAUCGUACCAGACGGAGCCGUACCGGGGACUGGGGGGUUCGUACCAGCGCGCCGAGGUCCCGUACCAGGACAUCGACCAGAGAUUCGGAGACAGUACCCUGCCUUCCAUCAGAACAGAGUUCGAAGAUCGAAGGAGGGACAAAAUGACGAUGCCUCCUCGAGGCUUAUUCGACGAUGUUUAGUGAAUUUGUAAGUGUAAUGAGCAAGUUUUUUUAUGUACAAUUAGGUACUAGGUAUAGAAUACUCUGCAAAAAUAUAAACCUAUAAGCUUUGCAUCAAAUGGAUGUAAUACUAAUUCUAGAUUAAUGUGCAAUAUUAAAAAAUGGUGGAACAAAUUCAAUUUAGCAGAAAUAAUUUUUUAAGAUGAGGUUAGUAAACUAUCUGUAGGUCAAUAAAGGAACUUUUUGACAAAACUUUGUAUCAAAGACAAUAAAUUAGUAAUUUCUAAUCUGAUUCUAAACUACCAGGAAUCUACAGAAUCGAAAAAAAUAUAUAAAAUUGUAAAAUUUCUGACACACCUAUUAAACUAUUAUUUAUGAACAAAAUGAAUUUAAAAACCUUGUCGAUUCAAUCAGUAGCAAAGUAACAAAUCAAUUGAAAAUAGUGAUUUAUAUGAGAUAUAGUAAAUAUAUAGCAUUUUUAUGAGUCAAUUGUAACUAAUUAACUAAGUAAAUUGUAUUAUGUAAACAUGCAUGUACGUGUAAACCGAAAAUACAGUCAAACCCGGAUAAACGAGAAACCUCUAUAAGCGAUGGUCAUUGUCAGGUCCCGAAGACCUCCUUAAACGAAAACUGCUUUUCUAGCAGGGUGAAACAAAAUGCAUUCGCUCCGAAGCGAUUCCAUAGCGAACAUCAAAAUUCAAUGAAACUGACGCGUGACAAUCACGUGACUUAUCGAAAGUUUAUAGAAUUGCUUCGGAGCGAAUGUACUUUGUCUUAACCCUCAGGUUCGACUAUAUAUCGGAAGAGUAGUUAGAAUUUUUCCUCGGUCUAUUCCAAAUCAUUUAAUUAAGUAUUAAAAAUAAUAUUUGCACGAAUCUUUCACAUUACCUUAGCUUUUAAACCAUAUUAAAUAAUUAGAUAAAAACGUAUUAAAAAGAGCUUAAUAGAUUUGACUCAAUAUAGAGUCAAAGUAAAAGCUUGCUCAUACAUUUGUUAGAUGAAUUGUGAUUUAGUGUGUUUAUAAUUUUACUUUCGACCAGGUCUAAAUAUUAAGCUGUUUAAACAAAAUGUAUUAAAUAAAAGUAUACGUCUAUUCAAAUAUCUUGGCGGCUCAAGGCCAUCUGCGCAGUGCUCCCCCGCAAUACUUAACAGCUACUCUUACGAUGUUUCGAGCCACCAAGAUAUUUGAGAGCGUCAAUACAAGAGAAAACAAAACUGAAAACUUACAUCAUAUUCUUUUUUGUGGAGACUUUUAUUUAAAUGUUUAAAACAUAGAGCUUUAAUUAUCUGUUUCUAUUUAUUCCGAAAUAAAAAUCCGAUAAAGUUAUAUAAACUUAUUUCAUACUUUUUUUUUGUUAAUAAGUCAUGGUCCUGGUCGAGGUGCUUAUAUAAGAAAAUGUAUGAUGUAAUAGUGAAUAUAUUAAUAGUAUUAAUGAUUACAUAUAUGUACAAAUGUUAUUAAUUCUCGUCAACUAUCGUGGAUUAUUCAUACAUUUAUACGUUUGAAGUUAUAUUUUCUUUUAAUUAAACAAAACAGUAAAAUGUUUUAGUUAAAAUUCUGCAGAAAUAACUUCUGCCGAGUAAACAGGGUUCCACGCGCCCUCUUUUACAUAAGCUUUGAUAGCUUUUAAUAUAUUUUAAUCAACAGCUCUUUAUACAGGAUGUCUAGAAAUUCACGGAUCAAACAAAUAUGUUGGAUAGGGUCGUCUCCACCAAAUAAUGUUCGACAACCUGACAUAACCUAACCACUAAGGAGUUGGAUUGAUUUUCUGUUUAUUUUAAUUUUUAUAUAAUGCAUGAUUUUUACUAUAACUGGAGUUGCAAAAACAUUUGCAAUAAUUCUUUUGAUCCAUGAAUUUUUGAGCACUCUGUAUAGUGUAAUUUAGUACGUAAGAGAAUAUUGUAUUUAGCGAAGUGUUUACAUUUCGCUCGUCCAUUCUUGUCAAGUUAUAGUGUAGGAGCUUGUUUGUUGCUUCAGCUGCUAAUAUUUACUAUAGUUUAUUGCGUAUUUAAAUCGAUCAUGUUUUAUUGUUGACGUUAUUUUUGUUUCAUUCCAUAGAUUUAUGUGAUGCGAUUGCAUUAAAUUUUUAUGUGAUAUACUAAA